AGCAACUGUGUGCGAGUUUAAUGUUCGUGUUAUGCUAUCUGUGUUAGCCCUAGAUUGAGUUGUUUCACAGCCGGAAUAUACAGUUUUGCAACGCGAAAGCAGAUAAAUCCAGAAUGGCCGAAAGUUCGGACGCUGAAAUAACGAAGUCGGAUGCUGAUGGGGACGCUGAAAUAACGAAGAAGGAUGCUGAUGCGGAAGUUGAAAUAACAAAGAAGGAUGCUAAUUCACAAGAGCGCGAUCGCUGCCACGAAUGCUGUUGCAAUCAACGGGCAUCUAAAUUUUAUUUUUUCAUCAUGUUGGUCAAACGACAAAUGCUGCAAAAAAAUCAGUGAUUCUUGUGGAAAAGCAUGCAGUGGCGCCUGUAUAAACAAAUGUGCACUCAUCUUGUCCAUCUGGCCUUACACGCAUGUGGUGAUAAUAACCACUUCUGUCAUUAUUCAGAUUGUCUGCGCUAUUGUGAUGGUGUUUUAUACGUGCAGGAUCGAGUAUCACAUGAAUGAACGUCUGAAAUGGACUCUGGAUUACAGUGAAUUCAAGCCUCACUGGGAUACGGUGCAAGUUGAAAAAGUAUGCUGUGGUGUGCACGGACCGGAUGAUUACAUUAAUACUACAACGUAUAACGCAAGUGGGAAGUAUGUUCCCGAGACAUGCUGUGUUUCAACCAACGAUCAAGAAAUUGAUCAUCCACAAGCAAAGAACGAGACGCUUUGUCAGGAACAAGCAAAGCAACUGCAAACUGAUUCCACUCUGAUCACCACAUUUGUAAAAUCUGAAGGAUGCUAUGACCCCAUUUUAAAAGACUUUCGCAGUUACAUAAAAACGCUGUAUAUGGUAGCUUUCGUGUCGGGUGGAGUGGAGGGUUUUUCCCUACUUAUACUCUGCUGUGUUAUCGCCUGUAUUUAGUUUGCAACUGCGAGGAUAUCACACAAUAUAAGAAUGCGACGUUUAACUAGGUUGCCCUAAUGUACCAACGUGGAGCAGUAGUUUAGAGUCAAAAUAUGUUUAAGGUUAUCACACAAGAUAAGAAUGCGGCGUUUAACUAGGUUGCCCUAAUGUACCAACGUGGAGCAGUAGUUUAGAGUCAAAAUAUGUUUAAGGUUAUCACACAAGAUAAGAAUGCGGCGUUUAACUAGGCUGUCCUUAUGUACCAACGUGGAGCAGUGGAUUCGAGUAUAGAGUCGAACUACAUGUUUAUGUUGUAGGACAUCUUUGAAAAAAUAAGAAGAUUUAAUUCAUACAUAAGAUUAUUAAACACAAAAACUUA